AUGGCAGCCAUGGCAACCAUGGCAGCGAUGGUCAUAUGGCAUCUUUUGCUGAAGAGCGCGUCCGGCUUUGCCCACGAUGACACAUGCGCCAUGCAGCUCGGCCGAGUCAACAAGACGUUCACGGCCAAAGGGGAAGACUCGCAAGACCUCGCGGGCCAACUGGAGUUCGAAGUGGAUGCGACCCUCGCGGGCCAGUACUGCGUGGAUGGAACAGCUUUGGCCACAGUCGAGAAAGCGAGCCUGGCCGAGUGCAAGUCCGUGUGCAGCGUACUUUCAGGGUGUCGUUACCUCGCGUACCUCGAUCUCGAUAAACCCGCCUACAGGCUCGGCAUGAUCUCUGAGAAGAGGCCGCGUUUCCGCCAGAGGGUCAGGGCCAAAUAUUGUUCAGUGCAGUGCCGCUUCUUUUCCAGCUGCGCAAUGCCAGUGCAUUCCAACUGUGUGGUUGGCCCGACGAUGUAUGUCGUCAUAGGGGCACGUUCCACCACCACCACCACGACUGCCGCCACAACCACCAGCACCACCAGCACCACCAGCACCACCAGCACCACCAGCACCACCAGCACCACCAGCACCACCAGCACCACCAGCACCACCACCAGCACCACCAGCACCACCAGCACCACCAGCAUCACCAGCACCACCAGCACCACCAGCACCACCAGCACCACCAGCACCACCAGCACCACCAGCACCACCAGCACCACCAGCACCACCAGCACCACCAGCACCACCAGCACCACCAGCACCACCAGCACCACCAGCACCACCAGCACCACCAGCACCACCAGCACCGCACCACCAGCAUCACCAGCACCACCAGCACCAGCAGCACCAGCAGCACCAGCAGCACCACCAGCACCACCAGCACCACCAGCACCACCAGCGCCACCAGCACCACCAGCACCACCAGCACCACCAGCGCCACCAGCGCCACCAGCACCACCAGCACCACCAGCACCACCAGCGCCACCAGCACCACCAGCACCACCAGCACCAGCAGCACCAGCAGCGCGACAGCGACCACCACAACAACAACAACAACCCCCAGCCCGACGACCACGACAGCCACCCCCACCGUGA